CUUUGACUAAAAAAAUACCAUGGCCGUGUAAAAUAUGUCAAAGACAAUUAAUUAUAAAAUUCAUAAAGCGAACCCAAACGCCCACAAAAACAACCGAAAAACAAAUAACAGAAACAGGACGAACCAAAUGUAUGAAAAAUGCGGCUGACAAAAUUGUCUUUCAUAAUAAUUUGUACAAACAAAUGCGAUUGGGAGGCGGGGGGUGGUUCAGACCGCCUGUCAGUACGAUACAAAGCUAAUUGCCGGCCAGACCAUUAGGAAACUUUGUACAUGUGUGAGUAUGUGUAAGUGUGGGCAAGUGUGUCUGCCACAUGAAGCAAUUAGACGCAGCACUAAAAUCGCCUAUAAACGUCAAGCAACAAAAAUUUUCGCGGAAAAGCAGCCGAAACAGCGGAAAAUCUAACGAACAGCAACGACACUUUCCCGGCAACAUAAGACUUGGGCACUUGGCAACAUACUUACAUACAGAAAACGUAAGCAGCAUGUUGCCAAGCAGCUGCAGCAGCAGCGGCAACAUUUCAAAUUUAUUGCUAAGCGGCGAUGGCAACAACAACAUACCCGCAAAACACUUCGUGCGUGUUUAGUCGCAUUCGUAUCUCUGUCGGCUGCGUAUCUGUAUCUGUCGGUUGUGUGACGCGCUCGUUGUGACUCUCUGCGGCAGCGGUAUUGCAGAAUGACGUAUUAAAAGCAGAUAAACAAAGCGAAGAGCGGAGGAUCUGUUUGUGGUACGGAUUGUAGGCGGUGUGUUCAAAAGUGGAGGCAGCCGUGCGUAAGCCUGAAAUCAAAAUUGAAAAUACGAAAACAAUAAAUCAAAAUAAAAACGUGCUGAAAAAUCUACAAACGAAUAUCAAAUAAAAAUACAUAUGCAUAAAUUCAUCAAGUGAAAAAAAAGUCAAAGUAAAAACAUUUCUAAUUUUUUAGCGAGCAGAGAGUCAAAAUAAAAAAUCAAAUACAAAUACUCUUAUUAUAUUAGAUACAAACAACAAACUAAAGUCGAGGAAUGAAAAGUAAACUUCUCAAAAGGACAUUAAUAAAUAAACCAAACUAAAUUCGAGACUUAAUAAAUGAACUAAUCCAAAAACUACAAGUGCGGCUAAUGAUUUAUAAAAAUGCUCCCCAAUGCAUGCUAGACUAGACCCCAGCCCCAGCUCCAGCAACGCGCCAAAUUAAGCCUAAUCUGGCAAACAGCGUGCCAAAUUAAUUAACUCGCUCGUCAGCUACCCGCUGCACAUCUCUGCCGGUCCAUUAAUUUCACACUUAAUUAAUGUCAGGCGGCAAGUCCGGAGCAGGGCCGGUGACAAACGCUCGCAAAGUGUCCAAAAAGCGCGACUCGCUGGCAAUGUGGCAGACGCUAUCAACGCUAUCCACAUCACUCACAGUGCUCCCCACGGUACUCACACACGCGUCGGACUGUAAGUGCCAGCUCAUCAGGUCAAAACAACGCACCAACAUUAGUGGCACCAACACGGAAAUGCAAAGUCAUAGCUCGAGUAGCGGCAGCAAUUCGGUCAACAUGUUGCCAUCAACAUCAGCAGACACCGCGACGACAACAACAACGGCGACGGCUACGGCUAUGACUAUGACAAUGACAACAACAGCGACAGGAGUGGUAAAAACCGCGCGUAGGUGUCACUGCCAGCCCAGCAACAACAUUGCAACCAGCAUCCUGCAGUGGCUGCUGCUACUGUGCAUCUUAUGUGAUGCCGCCCAGGCGACGCUGCGUAAUGUCAACCUGCUCGUGGAGCCACCGGCUGUGCGACGUGGCCAGUCCGUGGUGCUGCGCUGCGAAUAUCAGCUGGACGGAGCUCCGCUCUAUUCGAUUAAAUUCUAUCGCGGGCAGUUGGAGUUUUAUCGCUUCACGCCUGGCGAGUAUCCACACACGAAGGUCUUUCAAUAUCCCGGCAUCAAAGUGGACGAAAGCAACUCGAAUGCAACCCUGGUGCUCAUACGAAAUGUCAGCUUUGGGCUCUCCGGCAAUUUCAGCUGCGAGGUGACUGCCGACGCACCGCUCUAUUCGACGGCCACCGCCUACGCGCAAAUGCAAGUUGUGGAAUUCCCAGAGAAACGACCACAGCUCUUCACAGAGCAGAAGCGCUAUGAGCCCGGCGAUGUGUUGAGGGCCAAUUGCAGCACGCUGCCGUCAAGACCACGCGCCGAGCUGCGCUUCACCAUUAACCAAAUGCCGGUGACCCAAGAGGAAACACAAUACAUUCGCACGGUUGAUAACUUAAUAGCAUCCAGGCUGAGCCUCAAACUGCAAUUGCAAGCGGUGCACUUUGUGACCGCCGGCAAUACCAAUGGAAAUGUCAACGGCAACGCCCAUGGCCGAUCUACCAAUGUGUACAUGACAAAUGCUGUGGGCCACGGCGGUGGCAUAGGCGCUGUUGGAGGACUCAUGUUGCGCUGCACGGCUCAAAUUGGUGAUUUAUAUCAGGAGUACAAGGAAAUUGAAUUGGGCUCACCGCAAAAGGAUCCGGUGCCAGCCAGAGUUACACUCUCAUCCGGCUCGGGUCUGCGGAAUUUCUUGGAAACCUAUUUCUACACAUCGGCAUCUGGCAAGGGGCAGAGCGUGGGCAGCUUUUUCAUUUGCAGCCUAAUCUCCAUGUUCGGGAUGAUAACAAGCGGCAGCUAAAUGCAAAAUUGAUUACAUUUUAGCUACAAUUACAUAGAGUACAGCUUGAACAUGAAAUGUGUAUAGCAUAGAUAAUGGCCUCGAUGUGUAGCCAAUCGUAUUAAGCUUAGCAUCGCCCCCGACACCUACUCACUGUCGCACAACUGCAAAAAUAUCCCAUUUCAAAAUACUAUAUAAAUUACACAUUACUACGUAUAUGUUGUACACACUCAAAUUAAAUAUUACAAUUUUGUA